AGAGAUGUAGGUUGAUUGCCAGCAUCUUGGCCAAUACCACCCUCUUCCAAUUACCCUUGUCUCUUCAGCCCUCGUACAUGCACACUCUAUCUUCUCAGAAUCGGCGCAGCAUAUCCACGAACAGAUUGCACGGCCGUCAGGGUCCGAAGCCUCGGGAUGACCAUCGCAAUCCCGAACCACGGCUUGUUCAGCGCGUUUCAGUGACUCCGCAGCUUAGUACACUCGACUCUACUUAUCCCAACCAUGGCUACUGCUACCUGCCUCGCGAGUCUGCGAACGAUCACAGACGAGCUCCCGAGACUUACUGCGAGCAUUGAGACUCUGACCAGGCUUGAACCUACGAGUUACAGCCCACUCUCCCCCUCACACGUAGACGACAUUCAAUCUCUUGUCUCGAACAUGGCGCUCGUACUGAGCGAGCUCGGAGCUAUCUCAUCGACCAUACACCACAUUCAAACCAGCAUUCACGAAUCCCACCGUGCCCACUCACGCAUGGCGACCGCUCUUGCUCGCCUUCCGUUCGAGAUCCUGGCGGAAAUCUUCGAGCUCUCCCAGCUAUCAACUCAGCAAAGCAGUCAAGAAUUGUCCUUAGGUGUCAGCUUGUAUCGCCCCCCGCGAGGACACUGCGGUAUCGUCAACGUCGCGCAGGUGUGUCGCGACUGGCGGCAGGUCGCUCUAGCUACGCCGAGACUGUGGAAUCGACUUGAUAUCAUCACCGAGGCACCCCUCUCUUCGUCUGUUGUCCACGAGCGACUUCAGCUCCUCGAAAGGGCGAAGGGCUGCCCGCUUUUCUCCGCGUCGAACUGCGGCGGGGAUGCCAGUGGACGGAGAACCCGAACAGUCAUAAUGUGCUUCCUACGCGAACCUUGCACCGCUUUCCGAACGUAAUCGCCGUCGACGUUGAAUCCCUCUCUCCCCGCAUCCAACCCACCGACGUACCACCCUUCUUCGCCCUCUUCCCCAACCUCCGCCGCCUCUCCCUCGUCGGCUGCCCAAUACCGCCACACGGCUCCGACCCCGCAUUCGACGAUACCCUCACCCGUCUCUCACACCUCCACAUCCGCUUUGCGUCCACAGCCGACGUAGAGUCCUUCUUCGCCCCUUCUUCCGCUUCAAGUACGCGUCUGGGAACCCUCACGUCUCUCUUGCUCGAGGGCCCCUCCUCAGACGCCCACCCCCGCGCGUGUCUCCCCAUUGAUAUUGUACUCCGCACCUGUCCGGGGCUCGAAGAACUCUGCAUCGUUGCAGAUGGCUUUGCGUUUAGCUGGCCGAGCGAUCCGGGCUCGGGCUCAAGCUCGAGCUCGGGGUCGGGGUCGGGGUCAUUGCCGUCGCUGUCGAGCCCCGGAUCCUAUACCCACAGCACCAACACGAGCACCCCAGCGCUCUCGCUCUCGCUCUCUCAUCCGCACCUCCACACCCUCAUCAUCGCCGUAUGCACAUGCCCGAGUACAGAGCUCGACUGGCUCGCGCGCGCUUACCUCCCCGCGCUGAGCGAGCUGUGCGUGACCGCACUCGACCCCGAUCGUGUGUGCGCGUGUGUGGGGCCGCUCGUGCGGCGGUCGGCCACGGGCGGCGUGCAUAUACGGACUUUGUCGGUUGUGUGUCUCGGCGGGGGAGUCUCGGAGCGGUGGCGGAGGGUGGAGAGGGAAAUCGCGAGAGGGAUGGGAGAGGGGGGUGAAUGGGAUUUAAAUGUGGAGUUCAGGAGACACUGGAAGGAGACGGGGGUGUAUAGGGGGAUGGUGGACAGGUGGUAUUGCUCUUCGUAGUAAUUCUACGUUGCGCGUGUUGCAUCUGAGGCAAUAUGUUAU